CCGGCACCUGCCCUAGCUCGACGCGGUUGCCCGGAAGCGUCCGACCGGGGCAAUAUAUCUGAUGGAGAAAGGUUCCGGAGCAGAUUUAGUUCCGGGGGUUCCCUCCGCCUAAGCCGCGGCCGCCUCGGCUGCAACAAUGAUCCCGAUCUCGGUGGUGGUGUGCGUGCUGGGGGGCUGGUGCGCCAUCUACCUGGCGGAUACACUGCUCAAGUCAUCCAACUCUCUGAAGGCAUCUUAUGAAGACUGGCUGCUGACAUACGGCUUAAGCAUCUCUCCUUUUCAUAUGCGAUGGCAAACAGCUCUCUUCAACCGACAGUUCUACAACUGGGGGAGAUGGAAACCCAGAUUUCUGUAUUUAUGGUUCAGCAUAGGAAUGGUGUUUGGUAUAGUUGCCAUGUUUGGCUCUGUUAUUCUUCUUGGAAAGACACUGAUGCAAACGCUGUCGCAGAUGCUCACUGAGGCACCAAAAGCCCAGAAUGAUCGUAUGCUGCAAGUUGUGGUGCCUGGUGUAAAUUUGCCUGUCAGCCAGCUGACCUAUUUCUUCUCAGCAAUCCUCAUCAGUGGUGUGAUACAUGAAAUCGGCCAUGGGGUGGCAGCCAUUCGAGAACAAGUACGAUUUAAUGGAUUUGGGAUUUUUAUCUUCAUUAUCUAUCCUGGUGCAUUUGUUGACCUCUUCACAACCCACUUGCAACUGAUAUCACCAGUCCAACAAUUAAGAAUAUUUUGUGCAGGAGUGUGGCAUAAUUUUGUUCUUGGUGUUGCAAGUUUCAUGGGUUUAUUUUUGCUGCCAGCUAUUCUUUUCCCUUUCUAUUCCACGGGUCUUGGGGCACUUGUCACUGAGGUCGCAGAGGAUUCUCCUGCCAAUGGACCAAGAGGUCUUUUUGUAGGAGACCUUGUCACUAACCUACAAGACUGCCCAGUUUAUAGUGUGGAAGACUGGAAUUCCUGUCUGGGAGACAUUUCAGAAAAGUCACAGGUUGGCUACUGUCUGAGUGCAGCUACCCUACAGCAGUUAAGCUUUCCAGCUAGAGUCUAUAGAAGACUCGAUGGCACAGUUGAAUGUUGUAGUAACAACAGCCUCACAGACAUUUGCUUUUCAUAUAGCAAUAACUUGGACAGCCAACUGUAUGCCUGUCUGCCAGCACGAAAAGUUAUUGAGGCCAGCAAAGUUUGUCGAACCAACACGGACUGCCAGAAGGACUUUGUUCCAAGCUUUUGCGUGACUCCUUCUUUAGAGAACCAAACAAGACUAAUCAGGGUAAAACAUCCACCCCAUAUUGACAUGCUGUACGUAGGACACCCUAUGCAUCUUCAGUACACAGUGGAGAGACAUGGACUGCUCAGGCCUAAAAUGAAAUGUGCACAGUGCAAUGAUUUACAAAGUCUCAGCAGCUUUGUACCACGACAAAACUUUCUAAGCAUUGAUCUGCCAGUGGUGAUAGAGACGUUUUGCAAGUACCUAAUUUCACUAUCAGGAGCACUGGCAGUUAUCAACGCUGUACCCUGCUUUGCUUUGGAUGGUCAGUGGAUAUUAAAUUCAUUCCUCGAAGCCACUCUGAGCUCCCUGAUUGUAGAAAAACAAAACAGAGAGCUUGUUGGCUUUUUAAUUUUGCUUGCUGGUAGUGCACUUUUGGCUGCCAAUGUUGCACUGGGACUUUGGAUGGUGACAGCACGAUAGAACAUCGGAUAUACUUCCAUCGGUUCUUAAAGUACACGGAAAUAAUGAACUUGUUGCGUUUUAAAACUUGUUCAGUACCGAGAUUGAAAUAAUUCCCUUAAAAUGACACAGAAAGAACAAUCACUGGUGGCUGCUGUUUUAAUUUUAAACUGUACAAUGUUGUGCCUGUGGUCAUAGGAAAUCUAAUAGAAGGAUCUUUUUAUAGGCUCUUUAAGCAUGGUACUGAUUUUGUAGAAAUCGCAUUGUAAAGUUUCACAGGGAAAAGCCUGAGACUUUAUUAAUUUAGAUCUCUAAAGGAAUUAUGUGGCCUCAAACCUUUGUAAAAUGGGAGAAGAAACCACUUAGGUUUUAUUUUAUAAUUUGAAUAAUUGUCAGAAAAUCUGUGUGGGCUCCGAGCAUUUCUCAGUCAGCAUAGUCUUGAGUGUCUUGUUUUGGGGGUUUUUUCGAUCUGAUAUUCUACCAAACUGGACUCUAAGAAGACCUAAAGUCAGAAUCUCAAAAUGUUUACCAUGUGUUCAUGAGGAGAGAGGCCACAUGGGUUAGUAUCUUUCCUUUUCAGCUGGCCAAAAUGGCUAGAAGCGUGCUUUUCUCAGAAUGUAGCUGAGAAGUCCCAGUGUCUGUUUGAGACAUGCAGAAGUAUAGUAAAGCCCACAUCUGUUUCUUACACUUUCAGUUGUGUAUCAUCAUACACAGCUGAAGGUUUUUUAAAGGCAAUAUUUGUUAGCAAUAGCUACAAGAGAACAUAAAUUUAGUUUCUGUGUGCUGAAGUAUGCUGUGCGCAGUUGUUCCCAAGUGAUAGGUAAUGUUUGUGGUGUUUUACUCAGAAAAUAAUACUGUACUAUACAUGUUUACAGUUAAAAGUGAAACCUGUUGUUUUUAUGGUGUCUGCCUUCUGAUGCUAUGCAUGUAAUACGUACAGUAGCUCACUGAUGUUUUUCUGGUUUUCAAAGGGUUGUUUUCUUUUGCUAGGAUUCAUUCAGUUCAAAGAUAGCUAUCAAAGACAUAAAGCUCAAGCUGGUCUUGGAUCAGAAUCACUUAGACGGAGGAUAUGAUUGUGAAUUGAACUAAUUUAAACACUUGGCUUAGCUUUAUGAAAUGAAUACAGACCAUAUCCUCCUCCUUAAAUGGACAGUGGAAAAAAACUCACUGUUUGGCUGACUGAAGUAUGUCUGACACACUUUGAAGCUCUUUAAAUCUGUAAUAUUUUAUACCCAAUAGGAUUAUAUGUUGACUCAUCUUCGCGUGACACUGCCUAGCCUAUGUAAGUGGGGUUCAGUCAGAGCCCUGCCUCGAUAUAGGCUGAUUUUAUUUUAUUUUCUUUAAAAAAAAAAAAAAGCAAAAACAAAACAAAAAAACCAAAAAAAAACCAGCAAAAAGGAAGCUCUAGUUUGAGAGUCAAAAUAUUUGAAACAGGAAAUUUUUUAAAAAACACCCUACAACUUCUGGCUCCUGCAGUGUUCCCCAUAGGAGCUGCUGCAGCUCACAGUUCCUUUACAGAAACAGGCUUUCCAUCAGGAACAGAAGUGGAAGCUAAGCUUACGGAUACUGGACUGCUAACAGAUUCUCUUGGCACUAGAGGUAAAAGCCCGAUUUAUUUUAAAAGUGGGAUUGAGCCUAAUUCCUGGUGCUACUGCAUGGAUUCAUAACCAUGAUGUUUGCAUUUGUCCAUUGAUGUGUUACUGUAUUUUUGCAGAGUAGCGUUCACACUUACUUAAGAUGUAUUCAUUUGUUCAGAUGAUGCAAGCAGUGAAGAGAGCGCAUGCUUGUGUAUUUCCUGGUAUGUUUACUUACCCCUCCAGUGCUGUCAAAAGCUGGAUGGGGCUCUUGAAGUUCACCUCUAUGGGGUGGCAGGCCCAUGUCUCUCAUUUUUAGUCAUUUCAACCUAGGCAUGUCAGCACAGAUACUGGUAAGAGUAAAUCCUCCAGUCAGUCCAGCCUGAGUUCUCUUUGGGGACUGUAUGAUAUAAAGUCACACAAAGUGCAAGAAAAAAAAAAGAAAACAAUUAGAAACUGCCAGCAGGCAUCUGUUUCUUCUGGAGAUAUACUGAAAGUCUUAACUCAUCAUCACUCCUGGAAACACAUAGAGUUUUCACGGUAGCAGUUCUGAUGGGCCACUCUGCCGUCUCUUCAAGGAUGGGAUGGGUAAGAGCAACCUGAUUCUUGCACAAAGCCUGACUGUGAGGCUAUGCUCCAGCAGCCUGCUCACUCACCUAAGUGACUACUUACUCAUCUGAGCUCUUCCUUUCAGGGGCUCUGUGUCACUUCCCUCUGUAUCUGUGUUUUGUCCAAUCUACAGUGCACAAAAUCAAUUUGGACUUGGGCAUUUUAAUGCAAUUUAGUAACACAGGACAUAUACUUUUCAAAACGGCUACUAUUUAUGUAUCAGAGUUGUAGUUCUGUCUUCUUAUCUACAGCAACAGCAAGUGCAUCUGUGAUGACUUCUAAAAUAUUCUGUGACAAAUAUUUCGAGUUUGAUACUUUAUAUAUUCAUGAUGACUACAAGUACUUGGGACAAUUGUUUAGCAUGGUACCCCUCCUGGGGAUGUAGGCAAGAGCUUUAAAGAAACUUUGGUUUUCCAUAAGCAUACUUGUUACAUGUGUUGUAAUGAGAUUGGCAGGUUGUUCCUGGUUAUUUAAGGUGCUACCAAAACAUGAUGUUUUAUCAAAGGAAACUAAAUUUGGUUUAUUUUAUACAGUCACUGAAAGUCACAGUUAUACUAAGGAGAACUUCAGUCUGUGUUUGACCUCAGUCAGAAAGUAGAGAAGACAUUGGUCAUGGUUUUAACAGAACAGACAUGCUAAUACACUAAAAACCCUGGUUAUUUUCUAUGGAAUGAGACAUUUCUAGUACUGUCUCAUACAUGAGUCCAUUUCUCCAUGUGCUGGAAUUCUACUGAGUAAGGAUUGAUUUAGGUAUGUAUAAGUGCUUUGAAUCAAGACUUUAAGCAAAUGGAGUAUGAAUGGUGACCCAGCACAUCUUAGGUUACCUGUGGGCAAAGUUAAUAGUUAAGUUGGACCAUUGUCUGAAGAAAAAGUUAAGUGGAUCCAUUUCAGUCUCCUAUACUCCUAACACAUGGGUUAUAUUCUGAUAAGCAAGUGUCAUACAAACAGUUAUUGGGAGGGUUUUGGCUGGGGUUUGUUUGUUUAACAAGCAAACACAGAAGGACACAAUGGUUUUUUUUGUGCUGGAGUGUUUGCCUUGUUUUAUCUACUUGAGGUUUUGUAAGGAAGCUUUUCCUUAAAAAUGAGUCUUUCCACUUCUUGUUCUGAUUAGCCCCUCAGAAUGUAACAUAGUCUUUAAUGCAGAAUCCAUCAAUAUAAUCAUAGGGCAUAUUGACUGGAGUGUAAACCAGAACAGUCUUAAAGAUUGGAUGGAUACUAGUAUUUAUGUAUAUACUAUGCAUAUUAAAUCUGUAUCAGAUGGAAAAAAGUAACGUCUUAACUUUGUGAAAUGUUAUACAUAGCUUUUACUUGGAAAUUGCCAAAAAAAUCCAUAAUUAUAAUCAGUCAUUGUUCUGAUUUGUUUUUAUGAGAUUUUUUUUUUUAAAUCAGCAAAAGCUGCUGUAGCAUGUUCUGAUAAUGCAUGAUACAACAUGAAAAUAGCUAACAACUUAGCAUGUGGGGAUGUUACAUGCUUUUUGCUAAUUUAGGAAAUUAAAACCAGCUUGCUUUUAUAUUAGUUAAAUGAAAGAGACUUCACUAGAAAAAAUAUAGACAAACUUGCAGAUUAGUCAGGCCAAAUUUGAGUCGCAGUGGAAAAUCUGUUAACUCAUCCUUUUUAUUUGGAAUGAAACGACCAACUGUAUCGACAGUUGGGUUUUUUCAGUGAUGAUAAUUCUGCAUACAUACAUAUGAUAGAUACAUACACAGCCACAGGCUGUCUUGCAGCUUUGGGGGAUAAGUUACAGCAGUCCUCCAUACUUUGCAAUAUAGGCUUUUUUCCUUCUUUAUGAAUUCUGUAGAUUUCUCUGGAUUUUAAAAUUGCAGGGGAAUGGGAAGGACAAUCAAAAAAAAGGGAAACUUUUGGGUUGAGAUAAGAACAAUAUCAUAUGUAAAAUAAAAUAUAUCAACAAUUAUAUUUUUUAAAUAAUGAUAAUUGUAAUGAAAAUUAAAGCAACAAAUAUAGAAAUAAAACCCAAGAAAGACAAGCAAUGGCUCAUCGCCCCCUGACUGCUGCCUGAGCAAGGAUCUGCUCCUUCCCACCACCUUCCCCCAGUUUAUGUAUUGGGGAUGAUGUUCUGUGGUGUGGAAUAACCCUUUGGCCAGUUCAGGUUGGCUGUCCUGCCCAUGAUCCCUCUUAGUUUCCCUGUGCACCUCCUCACUGGCAGAGCACAGAAAACUGAAAAGUCCAUCACUUAGGAUAAGUGCCACAUAACACUAGCUAAACCAUCAGUGUGUUAUCAGCAUUAUUCUCGCUCUAAAUCUGAAACACAUCCCUGUACCAGCUACCAGGAAGAAAAUGAAACCUCUUCCAGCUGAAACAAGGACACUUAAGACAGAAGACAAGUGAUGGACAUAAUGUAGCAGCUGCAUAAGUUUUGCUCAGUUGAUGCUUAGAAAAUGUUUCUUGCGGCAUCAGCUACAACCAUGUUAAACACAGAUUUUUCAGGGCAACUAAAAGAGGUCAACUUUAGAAUCCAUCGGUCUCUAAAUGCGGCUGUUUGUUGUCUCUGAAUCAUAACUGAGAUGAGUGAGACUCUGUAGAAUAUACUGAGGAAAUAAUGUUUUCAGGACAGACCUCCCCACAACAGUUAGGGUGUUCUGGCUCUCUUGAAAUACGGAUAUAAUUUUGUUCAGUUUAAGACACAAACAAUCCCAAGUUUUCCCAAUAGUUUCCUGUACAUUUUGCAUAAUGGCGAAGAGUGACCUGUAGCAAAUAUUUUUUAAAUUAAAUUCCUUAUAUCUUCUGUGUAAAAGAUCUGAAAUUGUAUCUGGAUAUAAUUUAUGACAAAUGAAGAAGGGUUAUAAGGGUUGAUGUAGCUUAGUCUGUAUUUAAUUGUUUUUAAAAGAUGUGAGUUAGUUAUUUGUAAAGUAUACAUUUUGUAAGCCUGCAUUCAGAUUAGUUCCCACAACCAGUCUUGCCUCAGCUUUGUUGUUGUGACCUUGUGAGUAAGGAAGCUGAAUCUAACUCAGGUGAUAUCCAAUAUUUGCAGUGAUUUUAUACCCUCUUUAUCCUGAAUUUCAUUGAAUCAUAGAAUCAUAGAAUGGUAGGGUUGGAAGGGACCUUUAGAUUAGUUAUUUGAUGUGGCUGAGUUACUUGGGGUACGUGCACUGUAUUAAUGCGACAUUUGGGAAGCAUCGUACUAGGGGCUGCCAGAAAACGGCAGCUCUAUGACUCCUGUUCCUUGGGCUCACCCGCUAUGAUCACGUGAAGAGCAGAUGGAUGUGUCUGAGGUAGUGAGGAACCUCAGUUUAUGGCAGCUUUAUGAAACCUUCAUGCUGCUGACCCAGUGUGAAAGGACAGGAACAAAGAGCAGGAUAUGACACUGCAAUUCCAUUCAUUCCAUUUACACUGGCAUGACACAGGAAAAGAACUUGCAAUUAACAUUUCAGAGCGUGCAGAUAUGUUUUCCAGCACUUCAUUAAACCAUUCCAUGUAGCUUAUUUAGUAAAAUUUAUGUGGUUAUUUCUCACAUCCAGAUGUUCAUCUUGGGUUGGUUUUUUGCAGCAUCAUAGUGUAAUUGACCUUCAUUUGAUACUAGUUUGAAAGUUUGGAGGCUAUUCCCAAGGCAUCGCUAGAGACAUCCAAUUUCUUCUUUCCCUAGAUGUUUGUUAAUAUUUUAAAUUCCUCUUUUCCUUACAUGACUUUGCUUUUAGAUUUCAUAUGCUCGGAUGAUCUUAUCUAAAGCCUGUCAAUGGAAUAUGCAUUGUUUUGAAACUCACUGUGGGCUUUUUUUCCCUCUACAUAGCCUUAUUUUUCACACUGACUCACAGCUGUGGAAUGUUAGAUUUCUAGACCCUUUGUUCCCACUAUGCAUUGUUCGUGAUCAUGUUUUUUAGAAAGAAAAAGCUUCAUUUUGAAAAUGUCAGCUAACAAAUAUAUGGAAGACUUUGAAUAAUGUAUUGUGGUUUUGUUUUGCUU